AUGAGUGACGAGGAGAAAAUUUUAUCCAAUGUUUUUGCUAAUGCAGUUCCAAAAAUUAGCAGCCCCGGCACAAAAACUGGUAAUCCUAGCCCACUUGGAAUGUUUGCCUUUGCUCUUACUACUUUCAUUAUUUCCCUUUACACUAUCCAAGUUCGCGAGAUUACACACCCGGACGUAUUCGUAGGCGUAGCCUUAUUUUACGGGGGUUUUGUACAACUUUUAGCUGGAAUGUGGGAAUUCAAAGUUGGCAACACAUUCAGCGCUACCGCCUGCUGUUCAUACGGAGCAUAUUGGAUUUCCUUUGCCACAAUUCUAAUGCCAGGGUUUAAUAUUACCUCCGCAUAUACAACUAAAUCAGAAUUGAAUCAAGCACUUGGAAUUUUCCUACUUGGAUGGACAAUAUUUGCGUUUCUCUUGUUCGUGGCCUCAUUUAAAUCGAAAGCUUCCAUACUUUUAUUAAAUCUCUCUGUGAUAAUAACAUUUUCCUUAUUGACUGCUUCAAAGUUCCUAGAGAAUAUCGACAUUGAGAAAGCCGGUGGUUUUUCGGGUGUUAUUACUGCGCUUCUUGCUUGGUAUAAUGCAAUGGAUCAGUUUUUAACAGAGGAAAAUUCUUAUUUUACAUUACCUAAUAUCGAUUUGAGUCGAAAGAAUAAAUAA